GCUAGCUGUGCGUUUUCUCAGCCAAUUCUUGAGCAAUGAGUCUGGGACUGGGCAACCAUGGAAGUACCGUGACCUACGGGACCUCUCUGGAAGAAGCUUCCAUCCGCGAACUUCAACCUCCCCAUGUUUUGAAGUCUUCGAAUAAAAUUAGCAACGCGAAAAUGACGACCUUGCAGAAACACUUGAGCGGAGAAUGCCAUCCAUGUGUCGCCUUUGCAAUCCGCGCGGCGGGGUGCUACAAGGGCGACAGCUGCACCCAUUGCCAUUUCUGCACUGCAGAGGAGGCGAAGGAACGGCGACGGGUGAUUCAAAUGGAGGCGAAAGUCAAGAAGAAACAGGCCAAGUUGGAAAUGGAUCCGAGGGAAAGCAAGGGAAAUCAGAGUACGUUUUGGCUCUGAGGAUGCCAAACCCGGGGUUCGCUCCGUGGCAUGAACUGAUGGUUGCGUUGUGAAAGCCACGUGGUUGAUGGUGGAAUAAAG